GUUUCAUAUUACACAGAAAAGAGGAGAAAGAGGAGAAGAGUUAAUGGUGGGUAAGGGCUCUGGUGGGUUGUGCAGUCAGGCUCUGUUUUGAAUGUAGCUGCUUGUGUAAGUUGCUGUGCAGUUGUCUGGGUUUAUGGAUUCACUGACUGUGGAAAAUGUACUUCUCUGUAGUGAUCCUUGUCCUGACUAAGGCUCUGGUCACAGAGGUAUGCCAUGCUCUUAAUGUGACAGUGACCCCUGGGCCUGUCGUCUUGGCAACAGAGAACGACAACCUGACACUGUCCUGUCUGGUAUCUCAAAGGAAGAGGACCACCAGUGUCCUGAUUCUUCACUGGUUCUUCUCUCCUCUAACCACUCCUACUCCUGUGCCUCCUGCUUCCCUUCCACCCAACUCUCCUCCUGUACUCGACCACCCGCAGUUUCUGAUUGUAAAGAUGGGCAUAAGGAGAAGGAAGCUGUAUGGGAACUACACCUACCGUUUCCCACAACCAAAGUUUCAUCUGCACGAGAAAACUGAGGGAGAGGUGUACCAGUUGCGGAUUCUCAGCGUGACUGGGUCGGACCAGGGUUUUUACAGCUGUAAAGUUCAGGAGAUCCGCAAACACAGAGACAUAUGGAGAAUCACUUCCAAUGGUACCAGCACCACACAGCUGACAGUGCACUUUAUACCCGAGGAUGGUAGAAGUGAAGGAUUGUGGCUUUUGUUUGCAGAUGUGUAUCUGUGUGCUGUGCUGAUCUGCUCACUGGGCCUGCUGUCCAUCUUCCUAUUCACUCUCAUCCUAAUCUGCCAGUACUUCUACAGAAGACACAGGCUCAAAUCCAGUUACCCUCUGGUCAAAUGUCCAGAAAGCAGCUCAGGAGAGACUGUAACAAGCUCUAGUAGUUGCUCCAGUUCCUCCCCAAGCGCACAAAGGAGAGACAUGAGACAGAAAACCGACCGAACACAAGCAGUAGCACCACCUAAGCUACCUGAAGAGCCUCCACUGCACAUACCAGCCAAAGUGCCCGUUGCUGCAAAGAGACCUCGAAAGCCCAGAAGGUUGAAGACUCAGCCAAGGAGAUCUGCCACUCCUCGAAUAUCACAGGAAGAAAGUCUGACAUAUGCAGAGCUGGAGCUUGUCCGACCAAGACAGGAGCCCCCGGUCCCUUCCACCCCCGACCCCACACCCUCCAGCCCCGACACAGUCUAUGCUCAGAUCCUCUUCCAGGAGAAAUACCUGUAAACAUGUAAGCCUGGUACCUCCUGCAGAGAUCCAGCUCUCCGAUCGGAACUGUGCAGCAGCCGAAGGACUAUAUUUAUGAACUGUUAGUAUGAUGUUUGUUUUCUUUUUUGGGUGCAAGUAUGCCAUGUGUGGGUAAAUGGGAGGCUUGUGCUUGCUGUGUUCAGUUCCAGUUCCAGCACAGCAGCUUCGGGUCUCAUAACUUUGUUUCUUUGUUUGUUGGCAUUGCUGGCCUGUGAGCCAGAUGUUUAUAGAAUGCUCUUACCAUUAACUAUUCUUUAUAAACUCAGGAGACUGUGUGGGAAGAAACUGUUGUCCAGGCUCUCUUACUGCAGUGUAAUAAGGCACUGUAAAAGUCAGUUUUGAAAUGCAUUUAUGAUUACAGUACUAAUACAUCAUAUUAAGAGAU